AUGACAAACCUAUUAAGAACAUGUGUUCAUACAUUAUGGAAAUUAGUCCAAUUAAUUUUAUUUAUUGUUAUCGCACCACCAUUGAUUAAUUAUGCAUCAUUGAAACGUGAAGCACCUUUACUUGGACAACAUGGUUUACCAUAUGAUAUUGGAUAUGGUCAAAAAUUAUUUUUAUGUUGUCGAGGACAUGGUUUGUUUUUGAUGGUCCAACUUGGUAUGAAUUCGGAUAUUUGGCUUCCACUUCAAGAAAAUCUUCAAAAGAUAACAACAGUAUGCAUUUAUGAUCGAGCCGGAUUAGCAAUGAGUAAUGCACCAUUAAGUUCGACAAUUAAACAAAAAUUAGAUGACAAGGAACAGACAACAGUUAAGCAUCGUGGAAUGGAUUUUACUGUCGAAAGAAUGUCUGAAGAUCUCAAUCGUCUGAUAAGUGCAGCAAGUCAACAACCUAAGCCAUUUAUUUUAGUUGGUGCUGAUUUAGGUACUAUUGUAGCUCGUUUUUAUGCUCAAAUGUAUGAGUUGUAA